GUGAAAGCGCCUCCAUAACAACCACAACACGCUAACUUGCCGUCGGGCUGCGGAUAAACGGCCAGGCCACCCAUUUCCCGACUUCCACUGCGACGCUAGAGUUCGCCGUAAACAGAGACAGUAAGCAGACUCGCAAGCAUGGCGGAAGAGCAGAGCGAAUCACUGUUGCAUACUGGUGAGGUUCCCAGACGGACGACCAUCUCAAAACAGUGGUACAAGAGGAGGAUUGCCAUCGCUGUGUUGUUCGUCAGCACGGUUUCGUUGUUGUUUGGCUUGUUCAGCGCGACGCGAUCGAGCUCAACUCACUCUCCACCACCCAUCGAUGAGUCUCUUGUCGUUACGCUGCCGGGGUAUGGAAGGUUCCAAGGGACGCAGUUUGCUGUGGACAUGGGAGAGAAAACGCCCAGCAAAUCUGUCGACGCGUGGUUGAGCCUCGAGUACUCGACACAACCGGUGGAUCAGGAUCGCUUCAAGCCCGUGACAUGGCCCGCGGCCUUUAGAGGCACGAGAUUUGCGACUUCAUACGGACCGGCUUGCUUCCAGAACCCUCACGUCUCGGACCAUCAGUCGGAGGCGUGUCUUACUGUCAAUGUAUAUCGCCCGUCUGGAACCUCGUUGGAUGAUAAGCUACCGGUGUUUGUGUUUUUGCAUGGAGGGGCGUUCAUCGUCGGCUCAGGACGCAGUUUCGACGGCGCGCGAUUCGUGGCCAAGAGCUCGCAGCCUCUCAUCGUCGUCACUGCGCAGUAUCGGCUCGGUGCGCUGGGAAGUCUCCCAAGCAAGCUGAUGGAGGAGGAAGGCCUGCUGAACCUCGGACUGCGCGACCAGCGUCUGAUGCUAGAGUUCAUGCAAAAGUAUGUCGGUCGCUUCGGCGGCGACGCAGAGCGCAUCACACUCGGCGGCCAAAGCGCAGGCGGCCACGCAGUCGGCAUCCACCAAUUCCACAACUACGGCGCCGACACAGGAAAACCCCUCUUCAACCAAACCAUCCUCGCCUCUGGCUCCGAAACCGCGCGUGCCUUCCCAGGCGUAGACUACCCCCUCUACCAGCGCCACUUCACCCAAUUCAUGGACUACGUAAACUGCCCCACCACCCCCAAUGCCGCAGCCCUCGCCUGCCUCCGCGCCCUCGAAGCAGACGACAUCCAAUUCGUCGCCUCAGGCCUCUUCUCCGCCUCAAACUACAACGUAACCUGGCCCUUCCAGCCGGUAUCCCCUGGCCCACUCUUCGAAAAGCGCGGCUCCACCUCCGGCGAAAACGGCACCUUCUUCGCCCUCCCAACGCUAAUAUCCUCCUGCGCAAACGAAGGCACGUUCUUCGCGCCCCAAGACCUGCGCACAAACGCCGAUUUCCUCAAUUUCUGGCGCACACUCACCCCAGGCCUCACUUCCACCGACCUCACCGACCUGGAAACCCUGUACCCCGAUCCAUCAAAUUCUUCCACAACAGCAGACCCCAUAUCCCCCCAAUACGCCCGCACCGCCUCCGCCCUAGGAGACUACUCCUACAUCUGCCCCGUGCAAGAAACCGCGCGCCGCCUCGCCGCCGCCCGCGCCCCCGUCUACAAAGCCCGCUUCAACACGCCCAACCACGUCCCCGCCUACCAGGGCGUCCCGCACGCCAGCGACGCAGCGUAUUUCAACGGAAAGCCUGGCACGCAGUACCCUGGGGUCGCGGACGUGUAUAGUGCGUAUUAUGCGAGCUUUAUCGUGAGUGGAAACCCGAAUACGUAUCGCGCUGAGGGGGCGCCGGUUUGGGAGGUUUAUCAGGGGGUCGGCGGGAGGCAGAUGGGGGUUAGUCCGCUGAAGGAGGGGGGCGUGAGGAUGGAGGGGGAGGGGGAGGGGAUGGGGAAGGGGGGGUUGGAGAGGUGUGCUUGGUGGCGGGAUGGGGGGAGGGCGGGGAGACUUAAUAAGUAG